AUGACUGAAACAUUGAAGCUUCGAGGAACCCUCUGCGGCCACAAUGGCUGGGUUACGCAAAUUGCAACCAACCCGAAAUACCCUGACAUGAUUUUAUCGUCAUCUCGAGACAAGACCCUCAUCGUAUGGAAGCUGACCAGAGACGAAACCAACUACGGAGUCCCCCAGAAGCGUCUGUACGGUCACUCUCACUUCAUCUCUGACGUCGUAUUGUCCAGCGACGGCAACUACGCUCUGUCUGGUUCCUGGGACAAGACUCUGCGUCUGUGGGAUCUUGCUGCCGGAAAGACCACUAGGCGUUUCGAAGACCAUACUAAGGAUGUCCUCUCCGUGGCUUUCUCAGUGGACAACCGUCAGAUUGUAUCUGGCUCUCGGGACAAGACCAUCAAGUUGUGGAACACACUUGCCGAGUGCAAGUACACCAUCCAAGACGAUGGCCACAGUGACUGGGUGUCUUGUGUGCGCUUCUCCCCCAACCAUGCCAACCCCAUCAUUGUCUCAGCUGGCUGGGAUCGCACUGUUAAGGUCUGGCACCUUACCAACUGCAAGCUCAAGAUCAACCAUCUUGGCCACUCUGGUUACCUGAACACAGUGACAGUCUCCCCCGACGGUUCCCUCUGUGCUUCCGGUGGCAAGGACAUGAAGGCCAUGCUCUGGGACUUGAACGAUGGCAAGCACUUGCACACCUUGGACCACAAUGACAUCAUCACAUCAUUGUGCUUCUCACCCAACAGAUACUGGCUGUGUGCUGCCUUUGGACCUUCCAUCAAGAUCUGGGAUCUGGAAAGCAAGGAGAUGGUUGAAGAGCUCAGGCCUGAGAUCAUCAACCAGACCCAGACCUCCAAGUCGGACCCACCCCAGUGCUUGUCUCUGGCCUGGUCCACAGAUGGUCAGACCCUCUUCGCUGGUUAUUCCGACAACAUCAUCAGAGUCUGGCAGGUGUCAGUCUCAGCACGAUAA